AUGUGGAACUCACAUGUCCAGAAAUGUGUUGCCAGUUCAGCUGUCAAAGCUGAGUACAUUGCCAGCUCUGCAGCCACCAGAGAAGUGCUUUUCCAUCAACAUCUCCUCUGUGGCCUUGGAUUCAACAAUGAUACACCAACCAUAUUCACUGAUAACACAGGCUGCAUUCAAGUAGCUAAUGACCCUGUGAUGCACUCAAAGCUCAAACAUGUUGAUACAAAAUAUCACCUGAUCUGCAAUCACAUGCAGGAGGGUGACAUCUCAAUCAAAUACAUCUGGACAGAUGACAACAUCACUGAUUUCCUUACAAAACCUGUUAUCCAGGACCUCUUAGCACACAUGCAUGAUUGGCUAGGAAUUGUCAAUGUUGGACUGCUCAACUGCUCAGCUGGCAAGGGAGACAGUUGA